CUCAGUCUCUCUCCUCGCUUGCCUGACAGACAGAGGCAGUCCUCCUCUCCUUCUACUCACCUGCCUGUGUGUCUCUCCCUCUUUCGGUCUGUCUCUUUGUUCAUGUGCCUGUCUGUCGUCUUUAAGCUUAGAAAUAUAGAGUGAACACAGAGCUCGGUAAUGGAGACCACGGUGGACCGGCGUUCCCGCUUUUACCCCCGCGAGAGGCACACAAACUCACCGGACAAAUAAGGCGUCAAAGGACGGCACGCCGGGUUUCAGCGGAAAGCGCCUGUCACUGCUAUUUACCACAGCGACGCUCGCAAGUGUGAUCUCCUUCAUCCUCCUCCUCUUCCUCGCUGUCAGCACAUCUUGAAAAACAGAUGCCCUGCACGGGAAGUUACGGACUAAACACGGAUACAUUCUCCAAGUCGUCUUCUCCAAUUUCCGAGAAGCGCUCUCACCCGAAGUGCAUCCUGUUGGCAUCUCGUCAUGAGGUUAGAGAAUACACACAGCUAACGACAUCAUUUCAGGAUUUCUUCCUCUAUGAACCAGCUCUUCACUGACCUCAAAAACAAGCUCUUCGGCCGCCUCAGUGAGAAGAGCUCCCCCAACUCAGAUCGAGGCUUCUGAGAAAUGAGCUGCCAAUGAAAUAUCUUCAAAGGAAUCUCUCUUCUGGCCUGGAGGUCUUCUAGAGGGUUGGACCUCCUCGCCAUCAUGAAAGGCUUAGGGACCAACCGCAGCAGACACCUGUCUGAUUCCUGCAACCCUUCUGCAGACCAUUCAGAGGCCCUCUUCUCUCAGAAGACCACCACACUUCCUCGCAGCCCUUACUUGCUGAGUCCCACAAUGGACCACUAUGGCACCAUGGACCCCCACCUUUACUCUUCAGCUAAUCCAAGCUCCCUUCCACCAGAAUGCAUGCUGCCCCUCAACAACCAGCUGUCCAACAGCAGCACCUUUCCUGGGAUUCACUACAACUCCUACGACCAGUCUGAUUUUUCUCCUCCUGGGGACAGCAUCGGAGGAAUAAGCACAGGGACCUUGGGGACCUCCAUGUCCAUGGGCAUGGGAACGGGAAUGGGCAUGGGCAUGGCAGGACUGAGCGCACGAACACCUAUGAUUACAAGUGGCUCGGCAACAAUAUCACAUCAUAUGACCAAGAACCAGACCCCACCAAGUCUGCUUGAGUUUGAUAAACAGUUACCUGGUGGCCGUGAUGGAUUCAGCACAUUGCAGUUUCACCGAACAUCUGCUGCUGCUGCUGCCAAGCAGCGUACGGACAGUCCUGGUCGUAUUCGUUACAUGCUGCACUCAGUGCAGAAGCUCUUUGCAAAGUCGCAGUCACUGGAGAGCCACAACAUGAAAGGAAAUGUUAAUGGACGGUCGACCGGCAGUGGUGGAGGUUCGUCUAGUACGGAGGAUGGAGGGAAGCACAAUCGCAGAGCCAAAAGUAAAGAUCGGGGUACAAAAUCAGAAGCAACUGCCAAGCGACGGCCACGCUCCAACAUGUCGGGCUACUGGAGCUCGGACGAUCUGGACAGCAGCGAUUUGAGCAGCUACCACAACACCAUGGCCAUGAUGACUCUCGGGCGUCCAUCUGGCCCGGACAGCCACGGGGGGCAGAACAGAUACAUCCACAGUGGCUACAACACUAUCAGCUCCUCUAAAAGCAGCAGUGACUUAAAGUAUCAGGCACUUCCUGGGCCAGGGGGUGGAGGAGGUGGUGGAUUAAGUGGACUAGGUGGAUUAAGUGGACCAGGAGGUUUGAUGAUGAAUGAUAGUGACUAUAUGAAAGGAGGGUCAUGGUCCACAUUAACCAUGGGUCAACCAAGACAGAUUAUUCAGAAGGGCUCAGCUACUCUGGACAGGUCCAUGCUCAAGUCCAAGUCCUGCCAACAAGAACUAACCUGCAACUACCUACAGGUUGGAAGAAGGGGUGACUGGAGCAGCUCAUUAGGUCGCAGCGGGGGUGCCAAUGAAAUCCCAUGCCGGCGGAUGCGGAGUGGUAGCUAUGUGAAGGCAAUGGGAGACAUGGAAGACAGCGAUGACUCUGAGGGAAGUCCCAAACCCUCACCAAAAACUGCUGCUCGGCGUCAGAGCUACCUCAGGGCUACCCAGCAGUCUCUGAGUGACCAGUUUCCCCCACGCAACAGAACCCUGGAAUACACCUUGUUGCAAGGGGAGCUAGAUGCCCUGUGGUCUCCACUCCACAGUAUGACCUCUCUGCACCAGCUGGGCAGGUCAAUGAGCAGCUGUCUUCCAUCUCUCAGAGAGUUCUCCAAUAAUCGCAGCCUAGACAACCUAGACUGUAUCGGGAGUAUAGGCUCAUCUUUGCCACCAUGGGACGACGAUGACUUCAGCCAGGCUUGCAGUACCUUGGGCAGACGCAUGGGACAGCUACGAGACCUAGAAAGGAGCCAUCAUUAUGAAGACCGCAGCUCAGAUUCUACAUUUAGAGAUUCCUGUUCCCAUUCUCAGGACAACUCAGAGCCUCCAGACCUACCCAUGCCUACGUGCUUCCGAUCCCGCAGCCACAGCUACCUGAGAGCCAUCCAGGCUGGCUGUUCCCAAGAUGACGACGUUGCAUCCAUCGACUCGGGCUGCUCUCCGCCUCCCAUUGACACCACGGUUCGCACCUACAGCACCAGCACUGACGACCUUUCUGCACAAUGGAAGACAUGGAAAGAACAGUUUGGCUCUUACCUGAGAGCCACAGGCUUGGACAAAGAACCAAAGGAGAAACAACUUGCAAUUUUUCUUCAGCGUUUUGGGGCAGACAGACCACGCAUCCUACCCCCACGCACAGUCUCCACAUGCAUAACCACCUGUAAGAAAGCAGCUCCUCCACCAGUGCCGCCCCGUACAACCUCCAAGCCCUACAUCUCAGUGACCGUGCAGAGCAGCACAGAAUCGGCCCAGGACAACUACUUGGACCAGCAGGACAGGAGGUCAGAGGUCAACAGCCAAUCUAGCCACGCUCAAAGCAAUUCUUCUGACAGCCUUGACAGCACCCGUGCCAACAGCCUGGCCCGGGGCAUUCCCCGCCCUCCGCACAUCAUCCCCACUCCUAUUGCUACCCCGAGAGAACCAAUUGCCCCCGCCACUGCAAAUGCUUCCACUGAGACAAGUGACUCUGUAGUCCAGCACGAACCCCUAAAAUCGGGAUUUAAUAAAGGAAAUCUUGCAGCAGAGGAGCCCCUAGUAGCCCCGGUGCCCAGGCGGAAACUUUCCUCCAUUGGCAUACAGGUGGACUGUAUUCAGGAAGUUGCACGAGAAGAGACUCCUCCCCUGACCAGAUUUCAAUCAAUUGGAGUACAGGUGGAGGACGGGUGGCAGCUCAGUCACUCCAGCAGCAUGGCCUCAAAACACGAAACAGACUCAGACACGCAGGACAUCUCUAUCAUCUCCCAUGUAAUUAAUGCCAAACCCACUGAGAAGAAAGUCAUGGUCAAUUGUGCCAGUCAGUCCAUGAGCUCCCCUCCUGGACGAGACUCUUUAGACAGCGCCGACCCCACCGGAGACACCUCUUCACCUCCACCUCCCAGGCAGAUUCUCAACCGCUCCACCACAAGAAGCAGCUCUUCCUCUUUCUCGGAAAGUCUGGACCCAGCGUUGGACCCCUCUUCUCUUCCACCGCCAGACCCCUGGCUGGACAGCGGGAAUAACAGCAGUGUCCCUCAGAGCGGAGGAGGGGGAACGCUGUGUCGGAGGGACGGCCAGUGGUUCUUGAAGCUGCUGCAGGCCGAGACGGGACGCAUGGAAGGCUGGUGCCAGCAGAUGGAACAGGAAACCAAAGAUAACCAGCUCUCAGAAGAGGUGCUGGGGAAGAUUCGCAGUGCAGUAGGAAGUGCCCAACUCCUAAUGUCUCAGAAGUUUCAGCAGUUCCGGGGACUGUGUGAACAAAACUUGAAUACAAAUGCCAACCCACGCCCUACAGCCCAGGACCUGGCUGGUUUUUGGGACCUCCUUCAGCUAUCCAUUGAAGACAUCAGCCUCAAAUUUGAUGAGCUCUACCAUCUCAAGUCCAAUGACUGGCAGCCCGUGACAUCUGCAGCUGCCCAGUCAAAUUCUGAGCGGAAGGACGAGGAGAAGGCGGCGUCAAAGAAGCCUGGUAAGGUACGACCACCGCUGGGCCGCGAGAAGAGUGCCGACUCUUCAUCCAACUCUUCCUUGAGCUCUGCAGAGAAACAGCGACAAGAGGCUCGCAAGCGUCUGCUGGCUGCUAAGAAGGCUGCCUCGUUUCGCCAGAACUCAGCCACAGAGAGCGCAGACAGCAUCGAAAUUUACGUCCCUGAGGCCCAGACUCGUCUCUGAGAGAAACUGUGAGAGAGGGCCGUUGGGUUGGAACAAAGGACAGAUAAGUGUCAGUGAAACACCUGGAGAAAGGAGAGGAAGCUUUUGCAAUGUAAAUGAGCCAUCUCAGUGAAGAUGGGUACGGGUGGAGGGGAAAAGAGUGGGAAAUUCCUGGGUUUGGAGGGUUUUGACACAUUCAUACAAUAAUAGGCUGGUCCUGGUGACUGCAAAUGAGCAAACAAGUCAUUGAAUAUUUCUCGGACCCAACGGACUUUGAAGCAGGAGACUCCUCAUUUGAGUCUUGCCAUUGAAAACCUCAGCUGAUGAACUUUCUUUUCUUGUUACUGUUCUUGAUAUUAUCAUUAAAAAAAUUGUUAAUGAAGGUAUUGUUAUAAUGACAAUUAUAUCCUAAAGAAUCUAUAUGAAGACUGUUUUAAAUGUUCCUGUAUCUCGGCUAUAAGAUAUUUUAAGCAGACAGAAGGCAAGCGUUAAUGCUUUUCUGUCUUCCAUCGUCCUGCUCUCUUCCCAGACCAUUGGCCAUCUUGUAGCUUUUGCACAACACCGCCUUGUGGCCAUCACAGACACUGCACACAUACCACAAACUCACCUCUGUGUGUCUUCCUCCUAUUUAGUUUGUUUACUUUCUUCAUCAUUUGAGUUAUAUAAAAAUCAGUUUAGAUCAGGUUAUUACGAAUAGUUUUGGUGUGAUGAAGCUGAAAGUCAGGUUUAAAGGGGUAUUUAUAUAGAUAGCUGUUACCUCUUGCGUAUGUCCUACAGAGUGGAUUGUGUCAAAGAUGUUUUUUAACAAACUUUAGGUUUAGUGUCUGAAUGGAUUUUGAAUGAGAACCCAUCCCAAUAAUCAGGCAAAGCUUGAGGACAUAGAAUUUUAGGAUACGCACUACCGCUCGAAAGUUUGGGGUUUCUUUGAAAUGUUUUUGUUUUGUGAAGAGAAGCUCACUUGUUUUAAGCUAAUGUAGCACUGACCAGCAGAAAUGUUAUAAUUGGCAGCAAUUAAUUAAAAUUUCAGGCAUACAUACCUUCACUCCUGUGUUCUAAUGGCAUGAUCCCUAAUACCAGUUUGUCACAUUAAAAGAAUAAUUAUUAGGAAACCUCUUUCAGUUAUGUUAACAUAGCUGACAAAACUUGUGCCAUUAACAGAAGCCAUUACAUUACAUGCCAUUACAUUCAAUGUUGUUUCUCUCACUGUGUUAUUCAAGGUUACUAUAGUUAACAAAAACGACCCUAAAAACUAAGAUUAGAUGUUUAAAAAGAUGUUUUAGAUAACUAAAAUUUAAAAAAAAACUGGGGGGAAUUUAAAACUAUAACUGAAACAAUUUUGUGAACUUGGAACACUAAUAAAUAUAUAGAAAUAAAUAUAUAGAGGAGAUAUCCUUAAUUACUAUGUGUUAGUUAUGUCAAGAAGAGGCUGUGAUGUGUUUGAAACUCAGGGUCUCUGGACACUGUGAACCAGCUGCUUUCAAAAAGUUGUGUGAUUUUAUUGUAAUACCUGGACUGAUUUUCCUCAAUCUUCUCUUUGACAUAUACAGUCCAUAUAAUUUUAAUUAAAAUGAACACUAAAACUAAACAUUUUCAAAGAAUAGAAACUAAAUUGAAAUAAGAGAAUCACCCCUGGAAAAUAACUGAAAAACAAACAGUCAAAAUAAAAAGUAAUUAGAAAUAGCUGAAGCAGGUCCAGAUAUUGUCACUUUAUAAAAAGCAUUUAUCGAUUCAUACAAUGUUUUUUUUACUACUCCCAGCUCAGAGAAGUGCAAACCAGCUCUAAACAGAACAGAAAGAAGAAGAUAACACCCUGUAGAUCAUUGCGCUAGGAGAUGUAAAUCAGUCAUAAAUCAGAGUUUCUAGUCUUCUAUUGGCAGCUUUAUUAAUUUGACUGCCUGCUCAACCAUUUGGUUGAGCAUAUACAUUUGUUUGUUUGAUUGUGAUCAUUAUUGACCCAAAGUAUUAGAAAAUAUGGACAAAUAAUUCUUUCAUUGUAUUUUUCUUGGUGAGGCAGUCAAAGGGUUAAAUGGUUCCCAUAAGAGCCAAGUCAUGUUGGUUUGUGAAAAGAACAGUACACACUGUUUAACUUUUCAGGCAUGUAAUAGGUAGUUCCCUUUUUUUAAGAGAAUUUUGAGACUACACUAAAACCCAUAAAGGCUGAUGUAUCAGACUCUUAACUAUCCAAUAUUUUUAAUCAGCGAUACAGUUUUCAUAACAUUAUCAAAUAGGUCAGGAGCACACUGCUUGCAUUACCAGUACCAUGUUUGCUUCUCGUGUUAACAAGUUAGAGCAGUCUGUCUGAGAAGCACGAGUCAGCACUCUGCAUCUAAAGACCCAGAGUGUCACUUUUUUUUUCUCCCCAAGUGAAACAUGCAGCUCUCAGCAAAAUCUGUGAAAAAAAAUAAUCUAUUUAUAGUCAUGUUGUCAGCCUAGCAGGACUAUAACUGAUAUUUUUCAGUAUAAUUUAAAGAUGUGGAAUAUAUCUGAGAAACGUUUUUCACAAACGUGGAAUAAAUGCAAGCUAAAUAAAAUGUCAUUAAUCUGAUAUAAUAUAGGAGAUAAUUACCAGAAACACAAUGAGGGUUAUAAUUAUAUUAUUAUUGAUAAGUUACCAGAAUCUUUGACAGGGAAUAUCUUUCCUGGUGCACUCUUUCUUUCUGAACUGUGUGUGAGCCACAACACUUUAUCUGUCAUGCAUAGAUAGAAGCUAGGUAGCUAACUUGCACUUGCUGAUGCAAUCUGCCACUGGAGCACAGGAUUGAUCCCUUGAUAUAUAUUCCAGUAAUGAUUGAUUAAUACAUUUUAAUUUGCAACAUUUUUGUAAACCAUUACUUUAUACGCAGCGUAAGAUUUAUCCUACAGCUGCCCUAAAUGAACAGUUUUGGCAAUUACAAAAAUCUGUUUUUAAUGUUUGUGUAGUGGUUAAUCCACCGGCAUGCACACGCUCUUUAAUAAAAUGAUGUGUUUAAUACUAAAUAUAAUUACUGUUGGUAACCAUGAAUUAUCAAAGUUGUUGUUUCGCAAAAUAGUUUUUUUUUUGUUUGUUUGUUUUUUUUUUUGUUUUUUGUUUUUUUUUAUGAAGAUCCCAAAUUACUGUUAUUUGCUUGCAUUCAUGAAUUAGUUUUUGUGGUUGAAUGUUAUAUGUCUGAUUAAUUUCGGACUUGUCUGAGAAGUCCAGUGUACCAGCUCAAGUUUGGGAAUAUUUUGAUUGGUCAUUUUUAGUGUUAUACAUGAAGUGGGAGUUUUGUGAAAUUACCUCAAACUUUUGAGGGGUAAUGUUUACCCGACAGAAUGACAUGGGGAACUAUAUACCGAAUAUUUAUUCCUUUUGUUGGGACGAAAUCUUUCACCCCUCCUGGUGUCUUUUGCCUUCUCUUUAGCCUUUCGUGUUUCCAGAAGUGUUUUUUGAUUUUAUUUUGCUUCCCAUCACUCAACAAAAUAACGAAAUCAAAGUUCAUUGUUACAUUAUCCCCACCCACCCACCCAUCCCCCCCGCCUUAGAGGAGCACCCAAAUACCUGCACUUAUUUUUAUUCAAAGAAGACUUUCUUAUUAAAGCAUUACAUACAUUAGUGAUUGUGUUUUCAUCAUUUAUUCAGUUGCUUCUUUUUUUUUCUUUCCACUGAAGACUGCAUAAGCCAAAGAUGAAUUCACUGUUUUAAAUUCAUCUUGUGUAUUUAAAUGUCAGCUUCAAGGAACUCAACAGUCGACUGUGAAAAUAGAUUAAGUGCACUGUAGCCAUAGCAACAUAUAGAUUUAAAGAUUUUGAUAAGUCCGUGUUUGACAGCAGAACCGGCCAUCACUUGUGGAUCAAACCUCUCCGUUUGGUUCAUGAACUUAGGAGUUUGCAUUUUGAAAAGCAUCGUUUCUGAAGUCUGCAGCAGCAGGGGCUGAUUUUUUUCUUUUUCUUUUUCUUUUCACUCAAGAAAACAUAUGAUGUCUCUGCCAUGUGUUUACAGUGAAAUGACAUAGCUGGCAUUGCAUAAUUUGCAUGAAGGGGACACAUCGCUUUGAUUGCACAUAUCCCCUCACUUUAGAUUUUUACACUGCGAGUAGCAUACCGAACCAGCGAGUCACCCCUGACAUGCCUUAGAUCAACCACUGUCAUUUGCCUGUCUUCCACUCAGUUGGUAAGCAAACAAACUCCAACUGUCCCCUCCUAAUUACUUGCCACUGACCUUAGCUGUUGCAGCGUCUGUUUCUCACCUGCUGUGAACCAGAAGUACAUAAUUUGAAUUGGAAAUACCUAGUAAGCACCACUUCUUACUCUUGAUUGCUCACCAUUCUUUCACUGUUGUGUUUGCCUGCUGGGGAUGUCUGUCAGCCAGAAAAAUGGCACAAAGGUGUCAAUAGUUGGCUCCGUGAUGGCUGUCAGUAUACCCCCUUCCGUUUGAGUGGGGGUGAAUAGGGCCGUUAACAUCUGAGGCCUACAGUGUGACUCAAACUUGGUGGUUGGCUUGAUUUAAUUUCUGACUGUCUGGAAGAACUCGUCUGACGAAAUGUUUUCCUAAAAUAAGCAUAGAUGUCUCUUUUAUGUGUAAGCAGGGCGGCUUCUAGUGGAUAUAUAUGUAUCAACGACAAGAUGACAGUGUCUUCACUCUAUGCACUCACUUCCAUGUUUUACAAUACCUAAUAAUUAUGUAAUAUGUUACAUAAUUUCAUGUAUCAUUUUCUUUUCUUCAUAUUUUUUUCCCCCACAUAUUGCUUGCUUGCACAAAACCGUAGGACUUGAAUGCAGAUAAAACACAAAUGUGGCAUCUCCGGUGCACUAAGGGGAGGAGGCCAGGAACACAGAGAAAGUUGUUCUGUGAUCUGUUUCAAACUGAGAGUCAAGACUUUUUCCAGCCUGUUGAUGACUGUGUGUGUGUGUGUGUGUGUGUCUGUGUCUGUGUGUGUGCGUGUAUAGGAAACCAGGGGAUGUAAGUGGGGUACUCAAAGAGACAAAAGAAGGCUCAUCUCAUACAUUUAAACAAAGCUGUUCUUUAGCACACAAAUAAUCACUGGGGCACACCUAGCUGGAUUUCCUGGGUAGGUUUAUCAGUGAUUCACUCAGUGGCACAGUGGGGGGGAUUGCUGCUCUAAACUAUUGAUUUUUAUGGGUGAUAAUGAAUGGGCUUUUAUUUUGCAUCACACUAAAUGCAUGAUGAGUUUCAUAUCAGAGCAUAGCUUUGAUGAGCUAAAGGGUAAAA